AAUAAAAUGGCCCAAAUAUUUAUAAUUUUAUACCUGAUUCCUGAACCUCAGAGCCUGAUACGGUGAGGUGGGGUGAGCAGUUGAGAGUUGAGAGAGGCGGAGAGCAGAGAAUCAGAGAGAGGCUGAGGCGGUCCAGCUGGACCAGCCGUCCAGGCGGAGGAGCUUCAAGUUUGCUGCCUUGCUUGAGCCUUGAGCCUUGAGCUGUUGUCUGUUGAGCAGAUGAGAACAGUGGAGACUGGAGACUAGAGAGAGGCGGAGAGCAGAGACUAGAGAGAAAGCACCAAGCAGAAGAACAAUAGUUUUGGGACAUUUUUUUUUCCCGAUAAAAUGUCAAUGAAGCCAUCAAAUAACAUCUGGAUUCGAAGGCAACAGUGUCCAUGUGGAGAUUGGAAGUGCUAUAUCAAGUACGAAGGAGAUGAUCAGAGUUCAGUAAGCUCUCAGCUAGUAAAGAGUGAAACAACGGCUUCAUCAUCAUCAUCCUCAGAGGCAGUCUUUACUCCUUAUGUGGGUCAAAUUUUUAAAAGUGACGAUGAUGCCUUUGAAUACUAUAGCAAUUUUGCCCGGAAGAAUGGGUUUUCAAUUCGAAAAGCACGUUCAACUGAAAGCCAAAAUUUAGGGGUAUAUAGACGAGAUUUUGUUUGUUAUCGGUCAGGCUUUAAUCAACCAAGGAAAAAAGCCAAUGUGGAGCAUCCAAGGGACCGUAAAUCAGUACGAUGUGGAUGUGAUGCAAAAUUAUACUUGUCAAAGGAAAUCAUUGACAGUGUUACUCAAUGGUAUGUUUCACAAUUUAGUAAUGUCCAUAACCAUGAAUUAUUGGAAGAUGACCAAGUUCGCCUACUUCCUGCUUAUCGGAAAAUACAGGAGGCCGAUCAAGAACGCAUACUAUUACUCUCCAAAGCUGGGUUUCCUGUGAACCGGAUAGUGAAAGUGUUGGAGUUAGAAAAAGGAGUUCAACCCGGACAGUUGCCCUUCAUAGAGAAGGAUGUUAGAAAUUUUGUCCGGACUUGUAAAAAGACUGUCCAAGAAAAUGAUGCAUUGCUCAGUGAGAAAAGGGAGAAUGAUAUGAUGGAACUUGUAGAUGCUUGCAAGGCAAUGGUGGAGAGGGAUCCAGAUUUUCUUUAUGACUGUACUACAGAUGAAAAUGGUAAGGUUGAAAAUAUUGCAUGGACAUUUGGUGACUCUGUACGUGCAUAUACAGUUUUUGGUGAUGUAGUUACUUUUGACACCACAUAUCGUUCUAUUACCUAUGGAUUGCUUCUUGGAGCGUGGUUUGGUAUAGAUAGUCAUGGCAAGGCAAUAUUCUUUGGUUCUGUUUUGCUACAAGAAGAAAACUCUCAUUCAUUUGCGUGGGCUUUACAGACUUUUGUUCGAUUUAUGAGAGGAAGACGCCCACAGACUAUUCUAACUGAUAUAGAUUCUGGACUCAGAGAUGCUAUAGCAAGGGAGUUGCCAAAUACUAAACAUGUGAUUUCUAUAUCGCAUAUUCUGUCCAAAUUAUCCAGUUGGUUCUCUUUGCCUCUUGGGUCUCAGUAUGCAGAUUUUAAAGCUGAUUUUGAUAUGUUGUGUCAUCUAGAGAGUGUGGAAGAUUUUGAGCAUCAAUGGAAUCUUUUGGUUGCUCGGUUUGGACUCGUUCCUGAUAAGCAUAUUGCAUUACUAUUUUCAUAUCGAGCAUCCUGGCCACUUUCCUACAUUAGAAGUUACUUUUUGGCUCAUAUGUUGACAGCCGAGUUUUCACAAUCUUUGGACUCAUUCUUGAAAAGAAUCUUAAGUGCACAUACAUGUUUGCAAGUAUUCUUUGAGCAGGUAGGAAUUGCUGCUAACCUUCAAAAUCGACCCAGAGUAGAAAUGCAGUCUAUGCAUAUCAAGACAUGCAUGCCUAUUGAAGAACAUGCACGGAGCAUUCUCACACCUUAUGCUUUCAAUGUGUUACAACAUGAAAUUGUGCUUUCCAUGGAAUAUGCGACAACAGAAAUGGCAAAUGGAUCUUAUCUUGUGCGACACUACAAGAAAAUGGAUGGGGAGUAUCUGGUGAUUUGGAUACCAGACGGUGAGCAAAUUCACUGUUCAUGUAAGGAGUUUGAACAUUCAGGAAUGUUAUGCAGGCACUCUCUUCGAGUACUUGUGGUGAAGAACUACUUUGAACUACCAGAAAAAUAUUGUCUACAUCGUUGGCGGUUAGAAAGUUCUUUAGUUCCUAUGGAUGAUCAACAUGCUCCAAGCAGCAGCGAUGAAUGCACUCAAGCUUUUCAUUCUCUUGCAGCAACUUUAUUGACGGAGUCAUUAAUCUCCAAGGAACGUUUUAAUUAUGUUCAUAGAGAACUUACAGGACUACUUGAGCAUGUUAGAAAUAUGCCAGUGAUUGAUGAAUUUGCUUUGAAUAUAGCAGCUAACAAUGUCAGCGAAUCUUAGGUUUUGCUGAAUUAGCAAUGCUGGCCAAUGUGAGUGCUUCACUUGGGGACCUAUUUAUUCAGAGAUUUAGGGAUUUCUGGAAGAUGAAAGGAAGUCAUGAUGAAGGCAGCAAAAAGUAAUUACUGACAUUUAUAAGCUCAUCCUUUUGAUAGUUUCAAACUAAGUAGGGUCAGGGAAGUACAGAUUUUUUUUUUUCUUUUUUAAUGAGUCCCCACCAGUUUCAUUAUUUUCCCCCCUUACUGUUUUUCUUUUGAUUAUUUAUUGAAUGUUGAUAAAAUGUGUGAGGACUGAUCAUCUGUUAGUGUAAAUGUAAUUUUUAUUUUUUAUUUUUUAUUUUUUUUAAAGAGGGUGAAUUAAGAAGCUGGUGUUUCUUCUUCCUUGAAUUAAGAGUGAAAUUUUUGGUGUU